AUGGCCUCAUUCAAGGAAUUAUCCAUGUCGCGCCCUCUUCCGAACCCCAGCCAGCGGAAUCACACGCACUCCAUCUCCCUGGGUGCUCUCAAUCCAAACCACCGUGUAACUCGCCGAAAGAGUGUGACCACCGCCGCUGUCAAUGCUGCCGCGGCAGUUGCCGCCUCCAUGGAGGGCGGGGAAUCCACCUCGCUCCCUAUGGGUGCGCACCGCCGUAGCCUCGCAGGCCGCAAGGGACUGGAAUCUGGAUCUGUCGGGAAUGUGUCUGGCUUCAGCUCCUAUCUUUCUCGAAGCAUCAACGGUGCCAGUCAGGAAUCACCGGUCGCCCGAAAGGAGUCUCCGGCAUCGGACCAGUCUGAUGGCAAGCUGAAGAACCGGAACCGCCGAGCCAGUGAAGGUGCCCAACUCAAGACCGAUGGAAAGCGUGCUUCGGCGGCCAUUCGGUGGGAACAUGAUCCAGCAUGGGCCGUAACUUCGAAACUCCUCAUCUCCAAGCACCAGCAGGUUCAGCUGCUGGAGGCCGCCUCCGUUCUGGUCACCAUGAAUCACGACGAUCCACCCGAUGAGUCUGCCGAAUUGGAAUCGGAAUUGUCGUCUGGAUCGCCGGAUGCCCUGUCAGAAAUGCGAGACGGGAUUAGUUCCGCCGAAACCACGCCGCCCCCGAUGGAUUCCGAGGAAGAUGACGACUUCGAGAUGUCCGGCGUGCCAGCACAGUGGACCAAGCGCCCCAGUGUCAGUAAUGCCUCCGGUUUUUCUCGCUCCUACCAAUCCAUUCCCUCGAGCUCGUACAACGACAGUGCAUCGCUGCACUCGCCUACCUUCUCCCACUUCCGUCACUCGAGCAUUGACACCCGUCCUUCGACUGCGGAUACCCGGUUACACGAGGAUGACGAGGCGGAUCUUGCCGCGGCCAUCGGCCUGUGCAAUUUCGGCACCCCGCGUACAGGCCCUGUGUCCAUGACACCCGACGUGCCACCGGUGCCUCCACUGCCCGCGCGCUACUUAGACUCGAGCAGCCACCCGAGCAACCAGGGUCUCCACUCCCCUCUGUCGCGCCGCACAGAUGAGGCUGCCCGUCGAGACUCGGAAGUCAACAUCUUCUUGUCCAGGUCCCUCAACCCGUCGCUGUCAUACAAGGUAUCGGACGAGCGUGAGGUGCGGACUGGUGGUGACGAUGCCCAGAAAUCCCGUCAGCGCCGCAACGCCGAUGUGGACUUUGGUAACCGCUCAGCACCACCUGAUGACGACGAUGACGGUGUCUUUGGGCGCAUGGAGGAGUAA